AUUCUCCUUCCUGGUUUAUAUAUAUGUAAGCGUUGUUCUCUUAUUAGUGAUAUUUCCAAACAGGUCUCCGGAAAAAGACCAGAAAAAUUCUCGGUCGAUAUAUAAACACACCUUGAUCUAGAUUUUUCUGGGUUUGUUUUUGAUUGGAACAAGGAAAGAGGGAUAGUUCAUUUUUGCAUGCUUUUACAAAACGGUGGCGCACCAACGGGAUUCAGGUGAGUUGGCGAAGUUGACGGGCCAUGACGGCGCCGCCGAAGAGGAAGAAGUACUGAACCCAGCUGCGGCGGUGGCGGCGGCGGCUGAGGAGGAGGAGGAAGAAGAGGACGCUGUGUUUUCUAGAUAUAACAGAGCAGGCGAGUUGACGGCGAUGGUUUCAGCGCUGACGCAUGUGGUAUCUGGAUCUGGUGGUCAGGGACGCACCGAAUGGAUACCUGUGACGUCACCUCUUGUCCAGCCUUCGCUUCCUUCUUCUUCUGUUUUGUCGCCUUACUUGUCUUCUUCUUCUUCUUCAUCUUCUUCUGCUUCAGGCUCUGUUUUGAGCUCUGCUUCUGGUUCUACCGCUUCCGCUGGCCAAAAACGAGCACGUGACCAGCAGAGCUGUGUCUAUGGAGCUUUCACUGACUUCAGAGUCCCCUCGCAGGGACAAUCAUCUUCUGUGACAGAGGAGGGGACGAAUGUUGCACCCGGUGUGAUAGUGGAGACGGCGGCAGCGACGGCUGAGGAAAGCGGUGAGAGGAGGAGAAGGUACAGAGGAGUGAGACAAAGACCGUGGGGGAAAUGGGCAGCCGAAAUUCGUGAUCCGCACAAGGCGGCGAGAGUCUGGCUUGGUACAUUCGACACGGCGGAGGCUGCCGCCAGAGCUUACGAUGAAGCUGCAUUGAGAUUCCGAGGAAACAGAGCAAAGCUGAAUUUCCCGGAAAAUGUCAGAGUAGUACCCCCUGCUCACAACUUUCCUGCCACUCGCCCCGCGGCAUCGGAUUCUCGGGCGAUUCAUUUCCAGCAACAGACUCCUAAUCUUCCUCCUCCACCUCCUCCACCGCAGCCGCAGUUCUUACAGUCACCGUCUUUUCAGACGCCACCGGAUUUAAUCAGAGAUUAUUGGGAAUAUUCUCAGCUGCUUCAGAGCUCCGACGAGUUCCAACAACAACAACAACGUCAGCAAUCCCAACAACAACAUUCGAAUUUGUUACAACAAUGGUUAUACAAUUCACAAUUGGCGGCGCUUCAAUCGUCUUCUUUGUUAUUAUCAUCGUCACCCCUGUCUUCUUCUUCGUCCCCAACAGCAUUCUCACCUUCAAGCCAGCUAUCCUCUGCUUCAUUUCCCCUGUUUUCCAGUCAGCAUUCAGGUUACUUCCGGCCACCAGGAAACGCACAGAGCGGCAGUGGCGGCGACAUCGGCGGUGGGUCACACUUUCCGGCGUCAACUUGGUCAGAUACUAGUGGCUACCCUCCUCCAUCCGGUCCAGGCUGAUCAUACAUGACAAUUUCUUUCUUUCUUUUUUAUUUCCUUUUUUGCUUUUUUAAUUAAAUACAUAGUUUUAUUUUUUUUAAUUUUAAUUUCUUGAAAAAUCCAAACAAAACAUUCUAAUUCCUUAAACUUGCAAGUUGAUGAAGGUUUCAGUUUUAGCGGUAUUUAUUAUUUAAUCAUUAUCAUUAAUAAUAUAGUAUAAUUAUGUAAAGAUGUUGAGGUUUGGGAACGGAGGAAAGGACAAAGCAGCAUUUAAGGUUUAAAGUUUGAAGUGAUAUAGUGAUGUUUACUCAUUCUACGGAUGAAGCAUACGUUUUCCCCUAAGUGGUUUGCUUUCAGCUUUACGGCCACGGAUUUUUACUAUUGUAAUAAUAACGAAUUGCAUAGAUUUUUCCUAA